AUGCAGCUGCGCGUCGGCGUCCGGGUGGACGGCCUGUACGCGGGCGGCGACGUCUGGUUUCCCGGGUCCAUCGUCGACGCCAAUGACGGUCUCUUCAGCGUGCGCUACGACGACGGUGAGCUCGAAGAGAACGUGCCCGAGCGCCUCCUCCGGCUGCACGAGGUCGGGACGUGGACCGUCGGGUCGCGCGUCCUCGCACGCUACAACGGUGACGACGACUUCUACCCUGGCACGAUCACCGCCGUCGACGACGAGACGCGGCAGUACGACAUUGCGUACGACGACGGCGAAGUCGAAGAGAACGUCUCGUAUACGCUUAUAUUGGACGAGGAUCGGGCGCCUGACUCGGCUCGCUCCGAGUCGUCGCUCGUCGACGGCGACGUGCCACCGAUUGGCGAGAACGACGACGACAACGCUACCGAGGCGAGAACCGUACGAGACGCUGUGGCACCCGAACCGAGCCCGUCGACGUCGACGCCUGACAGCACGCCUGCACCGCCCCCGGUACCCCCGCCCGAUGCCACGGCGCCGGUGGCAGAAACAGCCGACACGACAACAACAGUAGAUGCACCAGCGCCCGAGGCCACGGUUGACACAAAAAUUCCCGACCCAGCCGAGCCGCAAGUUGCACCGAGCGCGUCUGUGGAGCUGCACCCGCGCCCACCACCGCACCGGGAGAGCGCUCGUCAGAGUAUGGACGAUGCCGCGACUCACGGCGACGAGCCGCUGGCGACACUGCUCCACUGCGACGUCGAGGUGCAAGCGCUUCUGAGCACGAUGGGCGAGCCCGUGCGAUCGAACGACGACCUGCUUGUCGUUAAGAACGCCCUCGCGCAGCUUUUGCAUCAGCUGCGCGUCGCACCGCACGUGACGACCGACCUUUGCGCGCAACACCGAGGCGAAGCGCGCCUCUUACAGUGCAUUCAAGACAACGUCCAGCACUCGAUCCUCGUGUGCUUCUGCUUUGUCAUCAUCCGUCGACUCUGCUCCGUCUCAGACACGGCGUUCGACACGUUCUUGGCCCAGGACGUCUUGAGUGUCGUCGCCAACGUCAUGGUUCGAUGUCCCCAAGACGCUGUGCUCCAGGCCUCGGCGUGUGGCGUCCUAGCGACCUUUGCGCGCGGCGCUGGCCUCGAUCGCAUGCUACAGCUGCAGUUGGCACAGCUCAUACUAACCGUCUUGCUGUUGCACCAGCCGCUCAACCACUACUCGCGCCAAGUCCACUACUACGCGUGCGAAGUCUUGCUGCGGCUCGCCGAUACAAGUGACAAGCGCGUGCUCUCGCUCAUGAGCGCUGUCGACGCCACGAAUGGCUCGACGGCCAUGCAUUUGCUCGUCAUCUUGCUUCGCCAAGGCCACCAGCAUGAAGAUCAAAAGGUGGCCUGCGCCGCGUGUACCCUCGUGCUAUGUUUGGCGGCCAAAGACAGGCAAUGUGCCGAGGUACUUCGUUCGACUGAGGCGCUCUCCGAUAUUUCGACCGUCAUGGCCAAGUACCCCAAUGACAAUGGGAUAUCGCACUAUUCGACCGUCGCGACGCGGGAAAUUGCCUUGGCGACGAUGAAAACCAAUGGCCCAACCAAGGUCCACGAGAAAGCUGCGGCGAUUCUCUCGACGCCGACCAACACCGCGGUCGUGGCACCGUCCACCACGGCCUCGGUCUUGGCACCAUCAAGCUCCAAGAAGCAGCUGCUGAAGCCGCCGACGCCGUCCAAGAAGAGCCAAGCGUUCUCGCGCAACAGCAUUGCACCGGCGCCCAAGCUCAGCACCAACGUGAACGCAAGUUUGAGCAAGAUGCAAGUCAUGGCGCGCAUCAAGUCGCCGCCGCUCGGUACGUCGGCGGUGCUCGGCACGUCGGCGUCGACCGUAUUGGCGUCCCACCCGGUGCGGACGCCGCUCAAGCCGUCGAGCCCCGAGCGGCUCGUAAAGCACCAUCGGUUCAUUCCGUUUGAAGACAAGCUCGAGUGGCGACUCCUGCAGGCGACGCCCAAAAAGACAUUGGCGUCGCCAACCGUGCGCACGGUCGAGCGCGAGAGCCUGCUUAUGCAAACGUACGGCGUGUCGACGCUGCGUGAAAUGCACUUUCCGCCGUCCAAAGCGACGUAUGCCAAAGAGAAGACAUCGCCGCAAGCCAAACCAGUGACCCCACAGUCGCCGCCCAAGACGCCAGCGGCCACGGCGCGCAGCAGCCCACAGCCACCCAAGAACCUUCUUCGAGGCACCCACGAGCCGUCGACGCCUAUCACCAAGCCUGCGUCAGUGCGCCCACUGAAAGAACUGCCCCGGGCGGCACGGCAGCCCAUCGUCAAAUACAAGGUUCAAAUCGACGCCAAGCCGACCGAGACGACGCGUGCGCCCAAGUCAACGAUCAACCACAAGGACAUUUUGGACCAACGGGCCAUGAACCAGCUAGCGACUCAGCUCUUUCAUGAGCCCGCGUCGCCGGUCGCAACGCCGACGAGUCCGGAUACGAAGAAAGCGGUACCCGAGGCCGGGCGCCGAAGCUUCUCGGACAAGCUCCACGAGAUGAUUCGGACGGCCGAAGAAGCGCUUUGUCGACCACCGAGCGCGACCAACUUGCUCGCAUUGCGUGCGGCGACGCCACCGAGUCUUCAGUUUUCCGCGGCGGAGAUUCCGCCCAAGCCAACAACGCCCAAGCCACCAGUCGUGCCCAAACCGACAGAGCCCGACACGUUUCCGGUCGCAGAACUUGCGUCCAACGCGAGCGCCAGCAGCCUUGAGAGGCGCCAAGACAUAUCGAUUGCGCGUCGCGCGUCCACUGGUAGCGAGCGCCGGAAAUCGCUCGAAAGUGGGCUCGCCAGCGCGGACUUGCGCCGGGCAUCCAGUAGUGGACAAGACCAUGUUGCAUCACUGCAUCUCAAGCCCGUCUUGCAUCGGAUGGAUACCUGUGGCACGUCCCGGUCGACCUCCGCGAUGGCGCAGGAGCAAGCCAUGCCCACCGACCGGACGGCCGUGAGCGAGUACCCGAUGCCCUCCGACACGGAGACCCCACGCUUUGACACUGAAUUGGACCUACUGCGAAGCGACGAAAUGCCAGAGUCCGCGCGCGAGAGUGAGGACGACGCAACCGACGACGGCCGAGCGACGACGGAUGUGGAUGGUGCAGUGGUCAAUAUAGUCGCAGAAGACUCGGUAAGCGGUGAUCAAGUGCCAGUGCCAACCGAGCUGGUGCCCGACGACGACGGCGAGGUCGGCGACAGCGACUACAACGACGACGAGUUUGAAGAAGCCGUCAACGAAAGUGGCGAUGCAUCUGAGCCACCGGUCGACGUCGAUGCCGUUGCUCCGGAAGAAAACCACGAGACGCCGCGCUCGGUGGUCGAACUCGAUUGCCAGCCUCUCGAAGAUGUCAACGAGCCUCUCGCAAAUGAUAGCAAGAUCCUUGCAGACGCAAACGAGCCCGUGGCAGAUACAAACGAGACCUCCACAAAGGUCAACGAGGACCUGGACGUGGAUGAAAAGGCACCUGGCGGGUCGGAAGCAUGCAAAGUGCCUGCAGCCGCGCCGUUGCCAAUGCAUCAAGAGUGGACGGCAGAGCCUCCAGUCAAUGACAACGCUGCCGGUACUUGGCCAGCGCAGGAAUCCUCCGAGUCGCCAACAACCGAGCGAGAUGCCACCGACAACACCGAGAAACCGGUAGCUACAAGCGGAACACUACCCGUCGACGAAGCCACGAGUCUCGAAGAGGAACCCUCGCGUGCGGACGUGGAUGCGCCAAUCGUGGCGUCGGAGAGGUGUUUGCUCGAUGCUGCUGCCGCCGACAAUGCAUCCGAGGAAGCAGAACUUCUGUGCGCAGAGCCGAGCGCCGAUGAGCCGAGCCAUGCAACCUCAGGUGACGACGACCGCGCACCAUGUAACGACGAUCCAGUGCCCGCGUUGACGACCUCCGUCGACGCAGACCCCGUGGCGUUGGAGCAGACGAAGGGUGCUUUCGAGUGUCCGGAGGUGCCUCCUCAUGACGCUCCGGAUCUUGUGUCGAUGGAGACUACUGUCGAGCCGGCGACAGAGACGAGCGAUGUACCAGUGGCCGAAGCAGGCAUCAAUAGCACCCACAGCGUCGAGCACGAUGCAAAUGCAGCAGCAGACGCCGAUGCAGCAGCAGAGGUCGCCCCCAGUGAGCCUGUCGCCAAUGGCUUGCUCGAUGACACAACAUCCAACCUACCCCCCGAGAUUGAGUACGAGGAAGAAGUGUAUGGCGACGACAACGACGAUGGUGCAGUAACAACGGCAACGAGCGACGUGGUGUCCGUGCCAAGUUUCGAUUAUACGCCCGCGCCAGCUCCCUCGGCGGAAGGCGACCUCUCAACCGACGCUGCCGUCGACGCCGAGCAAGACGCCCUCGGUCAAGCGGUUAACGCAGCGACCCGCGAGCACGAUGCGUCGCCGCCAGUUCUGGAGAGCAAUGACGAAGUGCUUGAAAACGCUCCUGCAACGGGAGAUGCUUCAAGUAAUGACGCACCGAUCGCGAGCGACGAAAGCGGUCCUGCCGUCGACAACGCUCCGGCCGCCGUCGAAAUCCAAACCGCAGUACUGCCAAGUCCUCGCGCCGAGAGCUCCGACACCGCAACGCCUCGUCCUGAGCUCGUCACCAUAGACUCGGUAGGCGUCACACGAAACGACGACGCUGAAGCCUCCCCGCCCAUCCUCGUUUCCGGAUUCAUCGCAGAAGCGCCGACACCGCCGGUGCUAUCCGAUGCGAACGCGGAGCCAACGCCGGACGUUUGGGAGGGCGAUGAGUAUGCUCCGAACGAUGCGGCGACCGACGAGGCGUUCACGGGCCUUGUCAACGACUACGACAAAGCAUCCUCAACCGCUUCCUUGGCAGACAACGCGCGGUUCGACAGCGAUUUUGAGGGCGACGACGGCGCGAUGACGGAGGCUGAGGCAGCGAAUGUGGUAACAACGUCACUAUUGCCCUCGGUCCACACCCCUCUGACCACCGCCCGUGAGUCGUCGUCCGAGAGGUCUACGGUGCCGGAACCUGUCGUCGUGGAGCCGGUGGACGCAACGCCAACGCUUGUCGACGAAUCCAUUUUGGCGCCCGAACCGUCCGACCCCAUCAGUAUCAACCCCAUCGACGAGGCCGAUACGACGUUGCUACAAGCCGGCGGUCUGAAUACGCUUUCGACCACGUCGCUGGGCGAGAACGAGCGCACUGAGAGUGACUUUAAGCCCGUGGACGACGUUUUGGCGCCAAGCGUGGUCGUGCCCGAGGCCACAUCGCCGCGAUUCACUAAAGAGCUCGGCCCAGAGCCUCUGGCAGCUUCGGAGAACGUGCCGGCACCGAGUCCCGAGGCGGCCAAGGAGGCUCCUACCAAAUCCAGCGACGACAGCGAGCAAGCGCCGGUAUGUGUGCUGCAAACCACGUCAUCAGCAGCGUCGCUCGACGACUCGACGCGGUUUGAGAGCGACUUUGAAGCUGAUGACGCACCACCCGAUGCGAGUGACGCGCCAGUUGCAGUGGUGACGAUGCCACUCGAGCACGAAAGCCCCGGGGAUACAUCCACCAGAACACACGAACGACUAGAGCCACAAGAGCGUGCAGAGAGCGAGCCACUGCCGAGCAAGACGACCUCGUCAGAGAUGCCAAGCACCGACGCACCCACCGCCGAUCCCAUCGAGGACCCCCACUCUUCCUUCGUGGCGACAGACGACGGCGAGUACGAAGGGGAAUACGGUUCCGAGUACGACGACGCGCCGGCGGCACCCGACGUCGCACCUACGAGCACCGAUACCGAUGCCGUCGCACCGACCGACCAUGUGCCCACCACAGCGGUGCCCCCGUUGGCACUUACGACUCCAAGUGACGAGGGCGCAAGCCAAACAGACGAUAGUCGUCCCCCGCCAGAAGCAGACGUGGCGUCCGAGCCAGCGAUUGCAGAUCCACCGACGCAUCGACAGACGGCAGACAAUGGAACCAUCGAAGCGGACCCCGUCGACGUUGCUGCACCGAUACAAACCACUGCGGUUGGUACACCCCGCGCAGCCGUAUACGCGGUCCAAGACGAGGUCGUUGCGCCUCCUCCAAGUGUCUCUGCAGACCCCACACCCCAAGGCGUUGCCACUCCAAGAGCUCCAGAAGAUUCGACCGACGCAGAAGCCGCUGCGCUUCCCACAUCCGCGCGUGUGGAAGACCCCAUUACGAGCAGUGGCACACCCGACGCCCCGCCGAGUGCGCGACCACUCGAGGUCCCGGCCCUCGCGCUGCCUCGCCCAUCCCUCGAGUCGGUGGCGACCGAGGUGCCUUUAUCGCCAGCGACGAACGCACCAGCCACCACGCCGAGCCCGCAGCCUGAAUCAUCAAGGAUACCCGCACCGCCAACCACCACCGACGACGACAAGGCGGACGAUGACGACGACGACAAUCCGUACGCCGAUGACGACGACUACGGCGACGACGACUUUGAAGACUAGUGACCCGUGUACAGUAUCAACACAAGUUGUCGUUGUUUGGUAGCGCACCACCGUACUGCGCAAAAUAUAAGCUUUGCGCGGGAAAAGUGAUCAUUUGAACAUGAAGAGUGGGCCACGUUGCCCCUUGCGAGUGAUCUUAUAGAGGAAAAAGCAC